GUUCUGGCUAUGGGGCCGAUAGAAUGCACCGGCUCCAUAGACGGCGCCUUCUUAAUAUACUAGGGAUAAUGGGAGUUUUACUUUGAGCAAGUUUUCCAUUCCACGUCUAUAAAAGGCAUGGGAUGUGAAGUGAUGGUGAAGAACACGAUGGAGUUGCAACUUCAAGUGAAGUGUGGGGAAGUAGUGAUGGUUCGCCCAUGCCUUCCCUCGCCUAAAACCACUCUCUAUCUUUCUAAUUUGGAUGACCAGUCCAUGUUAAGAUUCAUGGUUCGUCAAAUUCUUCUCUACAAAGUUUACAACAAUUCCAAUUCCAACUCGUUGGGCAAUCCAGCAAAAGUAAUUCGUGAGGCUUUGUCCAAAGUAUUGGUAUAUUAUUAUCCAAUGGCAGGGCGUCUGAGAAGCAGCCACAAUGGCAAACUUCAAGUGGAGUAUAACGCAGAGGGAGUUCCAUUCAUGGCUGCCACCUCUGACAAUAAUUUGUCUGUGCUCGGAGAUUGUGAUGACCUCAAACAGUCAUUUCAUCAGCUGAUUUCUACAAUUCCUUUCGGUGCAGAGACUGAGAGCAUUUAUCCCCUCGUUCUUCAAGUUACUCAAUUCAGUUGUGGAGGGUUUGUUUUAGGAUAUGGUUCGAAUCACAGUAUAUGUGAUGGAUUAGGAAUGGCACAGUUUCUUAAUGGGCUUGGAGAGAUGGCGAGGGGAGUUGGUAAGCUCUCAGUGCAACCAAUAUGGGAUAGAGAACUUCUCAAGCCAAGAAAUCCACCACAAGUGAUGUUUCACCAUUCAGAAUUAGUUACAGAUAGUUUCAUAUCUUCAUUUCAAGAGCAUGAGGAAUGCGUUCAUUAUUUUCAUUAUUUGGAUUCCAAGACGAUAAAACAAAUCAAGCAACGGCUUAUGGGAGAGUGUAAAGAAAGCUUCUCUUCAUUUGAUAUUGGGGCAGCGUUGUUUUGGAGGGCAAUGACAAAGGCCCAUAAAAUCCCACAUAGCCAUAGUGUGAAGCUUGUCUUUGCAAUGAAUUCAAGGAAAUUAUUCAAACCGCCACUCCACAACGGAUAUUAUGGUAAUUGCUUCUACCCUGUAUGUGCAACGGCUAGAGCUGAGGAACUUUACAGUACCUCAAUUUUGCAAGUAAUCAUGAUUAUAAAGAGAUCAAGGCUGUUAUUGAGUAAUGAGUAUUUGAGAUCAAGCAUCGACUUUGUAGAGAUCAAUAGGAAGGUAAUGAAUCAGCAUGUGCAUGUACCAAUGAAGAAUGUCGUGUUUAUGAGCGAUUGGAGAUUUCUAGGGCUCAAUAGUGUGGAUUUUGGAUGGGGUGAAACAUCAAUUCUAAGUCCAAUAGAAUGGAGUGGAUUUUUCCAUGCAAAUUUUAUUGUCUUCAUUCAACCUCCAAAGGGUAAGGAUGGCAUAAAAGUAUUGUUAUGCAUGCCCCAAACAACAUUGAAAUUGUUUGAGAUAGAAAUGGAAGUAGGAAUUCUUUCCAAUUCUAUGGAAAAGGAUAUGCAGCGAAGCUCGCUUUAAGAUGUUGAUCAAACACAAGAAAUACGAAGUUAGAAACUUUGAAUU